CCUCUUUUCCCUUCAACAUCUUAUCGAUCCUGCUGUCAUGUAAAUCUCGAAACAGUACGAAAGGGAUGAGAAUCCCUUCAAAUCAACAAGUAUGGCUGAAUCAGAUCCAGGUUCAGAACGAAUCGCACCAAUUGCGCAACCAGCCGUUGUGCUCGACGAUCAAAGAGAAACACCAAUCAAGUCAUCUACGGCGCACGCGACAUCGCCUGAAACAGCUCAGAACGAGACCGCAGAUGACGUCGACCGCCGCGAUACAAUCUCAGUAGUCCCGGAGCAAAGAGCCGAGAGUUUUCAAGCCAAGCAAUUUGCCGACAAAACCAUCCUAUCAGGAUGGUUUCCCCAGAUAAAAAGCGACGAAAAUAGUAGUUGGCGCAUAUGGUUUUCACGAAGAAGCCGCGCUCUCAUGGUCCAGAUUGGGAUUAUCGGCUUCAUCCUGAUGACGAAUCUCGGUGUGACCAUUUUUGCUGUAAAAAGUUACGGAAGUCGAAAUGGUGUUGGGUUGAUAUACGAGGGCGACUGCUCAACCGUGAAGAGGCUCGACCAGUGGUUGCAUCUGCUCAUCAACCUGUUGGGAACAGGCAUGCUAUCGGCCUCAAAUUAUUGCAUGCAACUGCAGGCUGCGCCAACACGCGAGAACGUGAAUGCUGCUCACGCGAAGCACAAAUGGCUAGACAUUGGCAUUCCUAGCCUCCGAAACCUGAAAUAUCUCAGCAUGUGGAGGCGAUGCUCGUGGGCAUUAUUGGCGCUGACCUCUAUUCCCAUUCAUCUGAUAUACAACUCGGCUGUGUUCCAGUCACUUUCAUCUCACAAUUACACCGUUGUCGUUGUCAAAGAUUCCUUUUUAAGCAAUGCUUCAUGGAGCUUGAAGACGGCAGAGAACAAUCGAGCCGGCGACUACGGUUGGGAAGACACGCGAGUCAACCCCUCGAACUUAGACUACGAAGAAGUAGUACGAGCAAUCCAGAGGAAUGCAUCCAUCUACGAAGAGCGCAACAUAUCAGCGUGUUUCGACUUGUACGAUGACUAUUUCAAUCCUCAAGGAAACGCGAUCAUUCUAGUCAAGAACGAAUCUUCGCAGAGUCCACCAGAGGAUAGUCUGCUAAUGUAUGUUUCCAUCGUCCCUCGGUCAGACGACUGGUCCAAGAAUAUGUGGGCUCUAGGCAAUGGCACUGGUCAUUUUGCCGCUUUGUCACCUCCAAAGCCUGUGACCAAAUGGUUUCUUGGGCCUCCAUACUACGAGGUGUCGCGAUGUAUAGUCCAGCAGCCAGAAGGGCUCAGCGCAAACUGUCGAUUUGAGUACUCGCCUCCAAUAAUGUUCACUAUUUGCAUCAUGAACAUGAUAAAGGCGGCCAUCAUGCUCUCUAUAUGGGCGUUGAGGAGGUGGCAAAACCCAAAGAAGCAAAACCAGGCGAAGGAGGUCUUAUACACCUUGGGCGAUGCCAUCGCUUCUUUCAUGCGGGAGCCAUGUAAGCAAACUAUCGACAUGGGACUUGCGACAAAGUACGACUUUGUGACCACUCGAAGGUUGGGGCACCGUUUUGUGAGAUCUCCUCCCACAAUAUUCGAUGGGAAAACGCCCCCACCUCGGAAAUUUGAAAAGACCCCAAAGCAGUGGCGAUCCUCUGCAAGCCUCAGACGCUGGACUGUUAUGUUGGUCAUGUGUCUUCUUGUCAUCAUAAUCGCUGCUGUACUUCUGACAAUGUCGUUCGUAAGCCUAAGACAACGAGGCUUUGGCGUAAAGAUACCACAGUUAUGGAAGCUAGGCUUUGGAGCCUUGACGCCAUACACCUAUUUGGUAAUUAACAUGCCUCGUACGGAUCCAGGAGGGUUGAUAGCCAAUGUGCUACUAGCCAACUUGCCUCAACUUGUCCUUUCAAUCCUAUACAUCGUCUAUAAUACUAUGCUCAGCACAUUUUUAGUCCAAAGGGAGUUCAGUCGCAUGUGGGAUCCGGGCAAUAGGAAGCCUUUAAGAGUUUCUGAGCCAAUCGGGAUCCAACGAUCAAGUUACUUUAUUUCCUUGCCUCUGAGAUAUGGGAUUCCCCUUUAUGCUAGCUCGGGAAUCAUGCACUGGCUAGUGUCCCAGAGCCUUUUCUUGGCACGAAUUCGAGCCAUAUCCCCAGACGGGAGUGACGAUGAUGUCAACUCUUUCUCGACAUGUGGCUAUAGUCCUAUAGCUGUGUUUGUCAGCUUAGCAUUGCUGGCGGGGCUCCUUCUCGUCGUCAUUAUUAUCGGUAUGGGGAUGCGGCGCUAUGAUGGCACAAUGCCCAUGGUGUCGACCAAUAGUCUGGCAAUAAGUGCUGCCUGCCAUGUCCUGCCGAAAGAUCAGGAUGGCGGCUAUCUACUACCUGUCCAGUGGGGAGUUCUCAAUAUGACUGGGGGUGUUGGGAAGUGUGCCUUCACUACAGCGGCAGUCAACACGGUCAAGCUCCCAGAGACCGGUCCAGGUCGAGUCUACAGAUGAUGGUGUGAGGGGCUUGGGGGCCCUGACUGAUCAAGUAACAAGCCCCGAAUGAGAAGUCAAAGUUCAGGACUAAAACCCAAAUGAGGCUUGUUUUCACUGAGCUAGACUCCAUACAAUGUGAGGUCAAGCUUUGAUGAACACUACGCAGGCACAUCAGUGUUUGACUGUUACACCAUCAAGUUCAGCGUGGGCGAUCUGUGGUCCAGGCCAGGGACCGAAAACUUGCAUUGAAUACACAACCCGAAGUCACGGCCCUAUUUCAUAUUCAAAAGCUGUAAAUCUAAUAUAGAGUGUAAUUCGGAGCACGUAAUGAGACAAAUGGUGUCUAUAAACAGAUGCCGAUUUUCUGAUCUCCACUGAAGCACGAUUAAUAUAGUAUUAUGAUUAGAGCCACUCAAGACUCCGUAAACCCCACUACCGACGCACAGUUCUCCCUCAAGACGAGCCCAAUUCUUCC